AUGCCUUCUACUACCACCCUCCGACCCCUACUGCGCGCGACGCAUCGUGCAAACGUGAUGGGCACCCAAGUCGCACUCGCUGCCGCAGUUGCCGGCAUUGGCGCAUAUGCCUGGUACUGGCGGAGUAGCAACACCAACAAGCCAGACAAGCCGAUCUUCAGCAGCUUCGGCUUCCAUACCCUGCGCCUGGACAGCACAGAGCUGAUCAACCACAACACCAAGAAGCUGCGCUUUGAGCUUCCCGAUGCCAGCAAGCCUAGCGGUCUCUCACUUACAUCCGCCCUGCUCACCAUCUCGUUCCCCAAUGGCCGCUGGCUGCCGGUCCUCCGGCCGUACACCCCAGUCAACGACCUGAACGAGCCAGGCUACAUCGAGCUGAUGGUCAAGCUGUACCCGAACGGCAAGCAAAGCACGCAUCUGCACUCGCUCAAGCCGGGCGACACCCUCACCUUCGCCCCAAUUAAGGAGCUCGCCUGGACACCCAAUAAGCACGAACACGUCGCCCUCAUUGCCGGCGGCGCGGGCAUCACGCCCAUGUACCAGCUGGCGCGGGGCAUCCUGCACAACCCGGACGACCGCACGCGCGUGACGCUUGUGUGGGGCGUCAAUACGGACGAGGACAUCUUCCUGAAAAACGAGUUUGCCGCGCUGGAGAAGCUGCAUCCCGGUCGGUUCAGGGCGGUCUAUGUCGUGGUGACCCCGGGUGCCGGGUCGCCUCACCAGAAGGGGUUCGUGACGAGGCAGUUGCUGGAGAAGGCUGGUCUGGCCGCGAGCGAGGCGCAGAAUCGGGAUAUCAAGGUACUGGUGUGCGGCCCCCCGGCUAUGGAGAAGGCGCUGAAGGGGAAGAAGGGAGGAGGAGUGCUGGCUGAGCUGGGGUAUAGGCCGGAUCAGGUCUACAGCUUUUAG